AUGGAAAAAGUGAUAUUAAGCCAAGUUGACGGUAGAGAUAUUGAAGACGUCGAUGAGCUGAUUUUAGAUGCAUGGCACGGCUCAGAAAUUUCUUCUGAAGAGAAAAAACUGAUUGAGGAAUACUCCAACCUUGAUUUUUUGAGUUUCACAGGCUGUGGUUUGGAUUCUCUGGCCAAUUUUCCUUAUCUCCCAAGUCUCCUUAAGCUUGAACUUGCAGAGAAUAAUAUCAAGAACGGCUUAGAAAACCUAACACAAUUAACCGAAUUGAUCCAACUUUCCUUAGCAGGCAAUCAAAUUUUAAGCUUUGAAGAUUUAAAGCCUCUUGCCAAGCUUCCUAAACUUCUUUGUUUAGAACUCUUUGGCUGCCCCAUUGCAGAGGUUGAAGAUUACAGUAAAAGCAUCUUUGAAUUGAUGCCAGGUCUCCAAGUUUUAGAUGGCUGCGAUAUAAAUGGCAAUGAAGUCUCCUUGUGCAGCAAUGAAGACGAAGAUGAAGAUAUCGACGAGGACGAGCUUGCACAAAUUUUAAAUAAUGAAAGCAGCGAACUUGAAGAAGAAGAAGAGGAAGAAGAGGAAGAAGAAGUAGAAAGUGAAGAAGAAAGCGAAGAAGAAGAGGAAGAGCUGCCGAAAAAAAGGCCUGGGAAUAAAAACCAUAGCGAUGAAGAUGUCAGGAAUAAUAAAAAACACAAGUAA